AUGAGCGUCUCAUCCGGCCCCCAACCCGGCGCUGGCCAGCCGGCCGUGCCCGUCGCCGAUCCCUGUUCGCCUCCGUCGCCGUCGUCGGCAGUUGCUUCCACGGGCACGUCGCCGGCACAGCAACCGUCCACAGAGGCAACACCCCAUCAGCCGCAACCAGCAGCAGCAGAGGGGCAAGGAGAAGAAGCAGAAGACGCGGACGCCUACGAGUCCCGCCACGUCCACACCGUCUACGAGGCCAUCGCCCCGCACUUCUCGUCCACCCGCUACAAGCCGUGGCCGCUCGUCGCCUCCUUCUUGCUCUCGCUCCCGCCCGGAUCCGUGGGCCUCGACGCCGGCUGCGGCAACGGCAAGUACAUUGGCGUCAACCCGGCCCUCUACAUCAUCGCCUCGGACCGGAGCGCGAACCUGGUCUCGCUGGCGCGGAGCUACCAGCCGCCGCACUUUGAUGCCGACGUCGGCGGCUCCAAGAAGAAGAACAAGACCAAGAAGGGCGCCACGACGGCGGAAGCGACACAGCAGGCAGCACAGCCGGCGCCGGCGCCGGCGCCGCCACCCAGCCGCGCCCCAAGGAACCAGGUCUUGGUCGCCGACUCCCUGGCCCUACCGUACCGGGGCGCGGCCUUUGACUUUGCCAUCUCCAUCGCCGUCAUCCACCACAUGUCGACGCGCGAGCGCCGCCGGGCCGCCGUCGCCGCGCUGCUCGACGCCGUGCGCCCGGGGACCGGACGGGUCCUCGUCAUGGUCUGGGCGCUGGAGCAGGGCACCAGCCGGCGCGGGUGGGACGCCGGCGCGGCGCAGGACCAGCUCGUGUCGUGGGUCACCAAGGGCAAGAAGGAGCAGCAGGACCGGCCGGCGCGGGACGAGACGUUCCAGCGGUACUACCACCUCUACCGCGAGGGGGAGCUCGAGGAGGACGUCGUCGACGUGGGAGGCAGGGUGCUCGACAGCGGAUACGAGCGGGACAACUGGUGGGCCGUCUUUGGCCGCGACUCCUGA